AUGGGUCUCUCUGAUUUUGCUCAGGCCACGUUGGAUGCGCCAGCAGAUGCUGAUCUUCCUUUAGCAUUCCAUGGCACGAUAAUUCACUCAUUGACCCCGCAACAGGUCGAGAUCAUUGAAGAAGGUUUGAUCAUCGUUGGCUCAAACGGCAUUAUCACGCAUUUCCACAAGAACCUCCCAUUGGACAAGCUCGACAGCUUCCUCGUCGAGCAUGAUUUUACACCAGGUUCGCUCAAUAUCCAGAUGCUCAAACGAGGGGAGUUUCUGGUCCCCGGAUUUGUAGACACGCAUAAUCAUGCACCUCAGUGGGCUCAGCGCGGAAUUGGAAGAGGGCAGCUUCUGAUCGAUUGGCUCAAUAAAACAACUUUUCCGCAUGAAUCUAAAUUCAAAGACCAUGAUUAUGCGUGGAGGACAUAUACUUCCUGUGUCAAAGGCUUCGUCCGGCAAGGCAUCACCACAGCCUGCUAUUACGGUUCCUUUCACGGUCCGGCAACCAAAAUUCUAGCCGAUAUUUGUCAGAAAUUGGGUCAACGCGCUUUCGUCGGAAAAUGCAAUAUGAAUCGAAAUGCACCAGACUAUUGUCGGGACAUGACAGUCGAAGAGUCUCUCGAAUCGACGAGAGAUUUUAUCGAUCAUGUGCGACGAAUUGACCCAAAUUUCGAGCUGGUCACGCCAAUACUAACCCCGCGAUUUGCCAUUUCAUGCGAUGGUGAAGUUCUCGCCGGCCUGGGUCAGAUCGCUGCGGAGCAGCCAGACCUGCCGAUCCAAACGCAUUUCGACGAGGCAGAGCAGGAGAUGGAAGUAACAAAACAGCUUUUUCCAGAAUUCAAGAGCGAAGCCGAUCUAUACGAUCACUUUGGACUGAUGACCGACCGAACCAUUCUCGCCCAUUGUAUCUUUUGUGGAGAGUAUGAGAUGCAGCGGAUCAAAGAACGUAACUGUGGCGUUGCUCAUUGCCCAAUAUCAACCUCUACUGGUGGAUUUUUUGGUGUUGCACCAAUUCGAGAAUACCUACGCCGUGAAAUAAAGGUCGGACUUGGCACAGACAGUGGUGGUGGUUACUCGUCCUCUAUUCUUGAUGCUAUGCGGCUGGCCUUUGUCAUCUCUAAUGCUCGGGCCACAGCUACCAAAGGGAAGGAUCCAGAGCUGUCGCUCCAGGAAGGCUUCUAUCUGGCUACGCUUGGAGGCGCGCAGGUUUGUGGCUUGGAAAAGAAAAUUGGAAACUUUGGAGAAGGCAAAAUCUUUGAUGCCCUGCUGAUUGAUACGGUGAGCGACAAAUAUCGUGGAAUUAUUGCUCCAAUUGAGGAUGAGGAUUCGACUGAGACUAUCUUUGAAAAAUUUCUCAUGACGGCGGACGACCGAAACAUUGUCGACGUCUAUGUCAAAGGCCGACAGAUUAAAUGA